UUGAAGACUGAAGUUCAAUCACAUGAGCUGCGUUUCACCGUCAGUCGCAAAACGGUAUCAACGUCUCCCAGGCUCUGAUCUGAUCCGUGAACAGUAAACUCAUCAUGGACACAUACCGACGUAUCAACAUGUUCAGAGUUUCAAAGAAAGCGAACUCUACAGCCAGUACUUUCAUCCUGUUGGGAGGCCUCCUCAUGGUUGCGUAUCUCUGCACAGAUUUUAACGAAGGAGAAACUACCUACCUCACAAGUGUGGCUGCGAAACAAAACAGAUCCUCCAUAAACUCAUAUCCAAGAUGUCAGCAAAACAUAUCUGCUGCUGGAAUUCCAGGCUUUGGCUCGCUUUCUCGGGAAAUUCAAGACUUUCUGUACCAUCGUCACUGCCGCCACUUUCCCAUGAUACUAGACCUUCCUGACAAGUGUGGAGGAGACGACAACCCCGAAGACGUCUUCCUCCUGCUCGUUAUUAAAAGCCCCCCGACAAACUACGAACGCAGAGAGGUGCUCCGUAAAACCUGGGCUAAAGAGAAGCUGCACAGGGGCAUGUGGAUCCGCAGGGUCUUCCUCUCCGGCACGCUGAGCGACGGCCUCCACAAGGAAAAAAUGAACAAACUCCUGGAAGUGGAGCACCGAGAACACAAGGACAUCCUUCAGUGGGACUUCUACGAAACAUUCUUCAACCUCACGCUGAAGCAGAUACUCUUCCUCGAAUGGAUGGAGCGGAACUGCAACCAUGCCCGGUUUCUGCUGAACGGCGACGACGACGUCCUGGCCAACACGGACAACAUCGUUGAAUACCUCGAUGGCCUCGGCAGCUACGACUGGAGGAAGCACCUCUUUACGGGCCAUCUGAUCAGCGGCGCAGGCCCCAUCAGAAGGUCAACAAGCAAGUAUUACAUACCUGUUCAGGUGUACGAGCCCAGCUUUUACCCUCCCUACUGUGGGGGUGCAGGAUACCUUCUAUCUGGAUACACAGCCUUAGCCAUAUACCACACGUCUGAAUCGGUCCCUCUUCUUCCGAUCGAUGACGUUUACAUAGCAAUGUGCUUAGCCAAAGCAAACCUUCAACCCACCUCUCACACUGGUGUGAAAACACUAGAUUUCACCAAAACCCUUCAAAAAGUACAAAAUGAUCCUUGUAUAUUGAAAGAGCUCCUCUUGGUACACAAUUUCCCUCCAGCUUUUAUUUAUGUAAUAUGGUAUCAGCUGCAUGAAGCCAAUCUGACGUGUGGCUAUCACACAGAGAUCUAUUAGAACAGCUUUCGAAUCAAACAGAAACAAAAGCACUUUCAACCACAAUACAUGCAUUUUAUGCGAGGAUCGUUUUUAAUAUCUGUUAUAUAUAGUUUAGUAUUCGCCAGUCAUGAGUGGUCUCAUUACAAGAAACCCCAGAGGACGUGCAGCCUGUUUGUGAAAGCGUAAAAUCCAUCAGAGGAGCACGUCUUCAUCCACUUAUCAACUGGUGCAGUUUAAUUGGAUUUCAAAUCAAAUCUGAAAACAACACAGACAUCUGAAUCGACCAAAACAUGGAGUACUACAAGCUCUCAGCACUACCUCCCUCCUGCAAAGCAUAAAUGAUAUGAAGAAAAGAGGUGAUACAACAAUGCAUGUGAGGCAGCAUAUGGCUGCUGUGGUUUGAAAGGGGAGCAUCCUCGAAUGCUGAUGGAGGUAUUUUCUCCAUUAUAGAGGAUGUCCUGUUCAAAACAGGAUAAAGAGGCAGCUAUCUAGGGAAAAAAUUACAAUAAAAAUAUUUGAAUACAUAUUCAAAAAAUUGGAGGCAAAGUCCAUUUUUGCAAUGCCAUUUUUGUAUCAUAAUUAGAAAUGAUAAAGGAAAGUUUUUUAAUUUAUUCUGUUGUGUAUUUUUUUUUUAAGAAAAAGGUCAGCUAUGAAGACAGUGUUGUGACUGAGCAACCAGGCUUCUGCAUUCUUUAGGAAUCAAUGACUCGUUUUUGUGAUUUUGCUCCCAAUAAAAUUUGUCUGGAGCUGCAAAACAUUCUAAUUAUCUGAAAUGAAGAGAAAAGCAUCUCAAUGAAAUUUGCUAUAAAUUUAAGGUUGCACUAAUGAAGCUUCAUAGCUACAGUUCACAUGUACUUUAUCAUAUUUUUUUUUUUUUUUGCUGUUUUUCAUUUUUUAUUUUUUGUCUGUAGUUUUUUUCCUUUUCCUUUCUUUUCCUUUUCGUUUUCCCCUUUUUUCCUUUCCUUUCCUCCCCAUUUAGUUUUCCUGGAAACAAAAGCAGUACUCACAGUUAUUUUAGUUUGAACGUUUUUCCUGUAUUAUUUAAUUGUUUUUCUUGUGGUUUUAUCUGUUUUGAUCCUUUUUUAACAGUUCCAGCUGUCCUGGCUGUUUUACCAUAUUUAUUUCGUUUUAGCCUGGAGAUCAGGCUGUUUCUGAAAAUCAGUGUGGUAUGCAAAUAAAAUCAAAAUCAAAUCAAAAUCUUUCUUUGCAAUUAA